ACCCACGUGGUGAACAACUCCGUUCUUCCUUAGCCCGCGUGCAUCCUACUUUACGCUGCAUUUACCAGCUGCUGGGGGAGGUAGUACAUCUGCACCUAAAGCCCUAUUCGCAAAUCCCCUCGGAUCAACUCGGGUCAUUCGGGACAACUCAGCUAAGUUGCCAUGGCAGAGCGCGUGCUGGUCAUUGGCUCCGGUGGCCGGGAGCAUGCCCUGGCCUGGAAGCUCGCCCAGUCCCCUCAUGUGCAGCAGGUUCUAGUUGCCCCAGGAAAUGCUGGCACCGCAGACUGUGGAAUAAUCUCCAACUCAGGGGUGUCUGUGAGCAAUCACUCCAUCUUGGCUCAGUACUGCAAGGAUCACAACGUGGGGCUGGUGGUUGUGGGGCCAGAGGUGCCCCUGGCUGCAGGGAUGGUGGACGACCUGACGGCUGCAGGGGUGCCAUGUUUCGGGCCUUCGGCCCAAGCCGCCCAGCUGGAGGCCAGCAAGAGCUUCUCCAAGAGCUUCAUGGAGCGGCACGGCAUCCCCACUGCACGCUGGAGGUCCUUCACCGACCCGCAAGAGGCCUGCUGCUUCAUCCGGGGGGCGGACUUUCCCGCGCUGGUGGUGAAGGCCAGUGGCCUGGCAGCAGGAAAGGGGGUCAUCGUAGCGCGAGAUAAGGACGAGGCCUGUCAAGCAGUGCAGGAUAUCAUGAAGGACAAGGCGUUUGGCUCUGCAGGGGAGACUGUUGUGGUGGAGGAACUUCUGGAAGGAGAGGAAGUAUCUUGUCUCUGCUUCAGCGAUGGCUGCACUGUGGCCCCGAUGCCCCCAGCGCAGGACCACAAGCGGCUGCUGGACGGAGACCAGGGGCCCAACACGGGAGGCAUGGGGGCCUACUGCCCCACCCCACAGGUGACUGAGGACAUGCUCCAGCAGAUCAAAGAGACCGUGCUGCAGAAGACUGUGGAUGGAAUGAGGGAGGAAGGUGCCCCUUAUGUGGGUGUGCUGUACGCUGGGUUGAUGUUGACCAAGCAGGGGAUGAAAGUGCUGGAGUACAACUGCCGCUUUGGUGACCCCGAGUGCCAGGUCCUGCUGCCCCUGCUGAAGAGCGACCUUUACGAGGUUCUGCUGGACACGAUGCAGGGCAAGCUGGCCUCCAGCCCCCCCUGCUGGCUGGAUAACAGCGCCGCCGUCACCGUGGUCAUGGCUAGCGGCGGCUAUCCAGGAGACUACAAGAAAGGUGUCGAAAUCACAGGUCUGUCACAGGCUCGGGAACAGGGCCUGCUGGUCUUCCACGCCGGGACGGCACUGAAGGAGGGGCGGGUACUGACCAACGGGGGCCGCGUCCUGACCGUUACCGCGGUGGGCCCGAGUCUGGAGACCGCCCUUCGCUCAGCCAACCAGGGCGUGGCCGCCGUGGGCUUCCCCGGGGCAGUGUUCCGCCGAGACAUCGGCCACCGGGCCAUCGCCUUCCUCACCCGGUCCAGGGGUCUGACCUACAAAGACAGCGGGGUGGACAUAGCGGCAGGAAACCAGCUGGUGGACGCCAUCAAACCCCUGGCCAAAGCCACGUCCCGCUCAGGAUGCAGUGCAGAGCUGGGUGGAUUUGCAGGGUUGUUUGACCUGAAAGCCGCGGGAUUCAGAGACCCCAUCCUGGUCUCAGGGACUGAUGGAGUUGGGACCAAGCUCAAGAUCGCCCAGGCGUGUGAACGUCACAGCUCUCUGGGUCAAGACCUGGUGGCCAUGUGUGUGAACGACGUGCUGGCGCAGGGGGCGGAGCCUCUCUUCUUCCUGGACUACUUUUCCUGCGGACGAUUGGAUGUGGGAGUGGCCUCCUCUGUGAUUGGCGGAAUAGCACAGGCCUGCAGCAUGGCUGGCUGUGCUCUGCUGGGGGGGGAGACCGCCGAGAUGCCGGGGGUGUACGGCCCUGGGGAGUACGACCUGGCCGGGUUCUGCGUGGGGGCGGCGGAGCGGGACAGGCUCCUCCCCCGCCUGGGGGACAUCGUGGAGGGGGACCUGCUCAUCGGGGUGGCCUCUUCCGGGGUGCACAGCAACGGAUUCAGCCUGGUGCGGAAGGUCCUGGAGAGAAGCGGCCUGCAAUACAGCUGUCCCGCCCCGUUUGGGAAGCCUGGACAGACCGUGGGCGAGGUGCUGCUCACUCCUACAAAGAUCUACAGCCGGCUCCUCCAGCCAAUCCUGCGCAGCGGGGCCGUGAAGGCCUACGCCCACAUCACGGGCGGCGGUCUGCUGGAGAACAUCCCCCGGGUUUUGCCUCCACAGCUGGCCGUUGACCUGGACGCCUCUCGCUGGAGCAUCCCGGCGGUGUUCUCCUGGCUGCAGCGGGAGGGCGGUCUCUCGGAGGAGGAGAUGGGGCGCACGUUUAACUGCGGGCUGGGCGCGGUGCUGGUGGUGAGCCGGCAGGAGGCCCAGCGGGUCCUCAGGCAGGUGCAGGCCCAGGAGGAGGCCUGGAUCGUGGGCUCGCUGUCGCACAAACAGCCAGGGGCGGAACCAGUGGUGAUCCGGAAUCUGCAGCACAGCCUCAGGAUAGGGCCGAAUCCUUCCCCCAACACUAGUGCCCCGCAGAACGGGGCUGAGCACGGAGACCGGGCCUCCCGUAGGAAGACCAAGGUGGCGGUGCUCAUCUCUGGGACAGGGACAAACCUGCAGGCCCUGAUUGAACAGGUGAAGAAACCCUCCAGUGCAGCGGAGAUUGUGGUGGUCAUUUCGAACAGGCCCGGCGUCCUGGGGCUGAAGAGGGCCUCUCUGGCUGGCAUUCAGACCCGGGUGGUGGACCACAAACUGUACGGCAGCCGGUCGGAGUUUGACAGCACCAUCGACCGCGUGCUGGAGGAGUUCGGCGUGGAGGUCGUCUGUCUCGCUGGGUUCAUGAGGAUCCUCACUGGCGCCUUCGUGAGGAAGUGGAGUGGGAAGCUGCUGAACAUCCACCCCUCUCUGCUGCCCUCCUUCAAGGGCGUGCACGCCCAGCGGCAGGCUCUGCAGGCCGGGGCGAGGGUCUCCGGCUGCACCGUCCACUUUGUGGCUGAGGAAGUUGACGCAGGUGCGAUCAUUGCACAGGAGGCGGUGCCAGUGCUGGUGAAUGACACCGAAGACAGCCUAUCAGAGCGUAUAAAGGAGGCGGAGCACCGUGCCUUCCCAGCAGCCCUAGAGCUGGUGGCCAGUGGGGCAGUGAGGCUGGGGGAGGAUGGGCGUAUCAUCUGGAAACUGGCAGAGCAGGAGUAAACCCCCUCUGCCCUGGGAUGUGUGCUUACCCAAUGUCCACACCGUGACCAGAUUAAGGCUCCAGAUUAAAAAUGUGACCAACUCAAAACCACACCUGGUUCCUAUGCGGCAAGAGAUCCAUCAAACCUUUGCUUUAUGGUUAAUAAAAUGGGGCUAAGACAGUUCUAUCUGUAUUUUGUUUACAUAGUUUGCCAACUGUGAGUCAGUAUGUCAGUCUGCCCAAACCCUCUUUUUAAAGCUAACUGGAAUUUGCCGCCGCAGCAGCAGCUACCAAUUUACUGGGACGCUAACAUUAGAAUUGUAUAACAUUAAGACCGCCUUCCAGCACUGCAGCCUUGUCCAUUUAGAUCAGCCAAUCAGGACAUUCCAAGUAAACCUUCACUGAAAGUAUCCACAUGGUGUGAGACAAAGAAUGUUCUGCUAGUACUUGUAAAUUUGUUGUAUGAUUCUUCUUGUCAAUGAGAUGCAUGAAAAUGUUUCACUGCAAGCACCGAAGGGGUCGAUCUAGUUGUAGUACAAAGUGGCUUUAGCAUCAGGAAAAUGUUUAUCAAUUUUCCAGGGACUGUUUACAGCAUGUAACUGGAAAGCUUGUCUUUCUGGCUGUCCCUUGCCUUAAAUACGUUCAGUGUUCAAA